UGCGUAUUCAAGCCUGGUCAUGGAAUGUUUCGCGGUGGAUACAGCUGCAACUGUCGGGAUGGAUUCCAUUCCGCCGUGGCCCGACUGGAGCCCACCUUUAACGGCACCGCCGUGGAGCAGUCCUUUGAGGAGAAGAGCCCCUCCUACGUGUUCAUGUUCGCCUGCAAGCGGUGCGCCGCCGGGUGCGACGUCUGCCGGGACGACUCGCCCUGCCUCAGCUCCUACGACUGGGGUUUUCGCAUCUCCCUGCUCACCAUCACCGUCCUCUGCAUCGGCUUCGUCUUCGUCCUCGGCGUCAACAUCUACCGCUACCGGCGGCUGAAGGUGAUCAAGGUCGCCUCGCCCAUCUUUCUCUGCAUCACACUGCUCGGCUGUGCGAUCAUGUACUGCGAGACUGUGGCCAUCUUCCCUGUGUUGGACGCCGCCACCUGCGUCCUCACCAAGUGGACACGAAACUUUGGCUUCUGCAUCACCUACUCGGCUUUGUUGUUAAAAACCUGGCGUGUUUCCCUCACCUACCGCGUCAAGUCGGCGCACAAGAUCAAGCUGACUGAUAAGCAACUGCUUCAGUGGCUUUUCCCCAUUCUCCUCGUCAUGGCCAUCUACCUCGCCGCGUGGACCAUCUCUGACACGCCCCAGGCCGUCUACAUCGUCGACUGGAAUGAGCUCAAGUUUAAGCAGUGCGACUACAACUGGUGGGACCACAGUUUGCUCAUUGGCGAAUUCUUCUUCCUCCUCUGGGGCAUCAAGGUGUGCUACAACGUGCGGAACGCCGAGUCGCUCUUCAACGAGGCGAGGUACAUUACCUACGCCAUCUACAACAUCACCAUCGUCAACAUGGUGAUGAUACUCAUUCA